UUCACUAAGGCAUUCUCCAACGUGCUUGUGUUCGCCGACGUGGCUGCCAGCGAUGCCACUCCAGCUGAUCAUUUAUUGUCUUCAAACAACUCUGAGCACACAUUGGUAUCAAUGGCGGCCGUUUGGCGGAACAAGCUAACAUUCAUCUUCUCCGAAUCUCCUCCACAAAGUCUCGAUACCGCCGGGGACAGAUUCGAUGUAUUCAGAAGGCUGGCAGUGGCGACUCAUGGUGACCUUCUCAUUGUCAACAGAAGCGACGUGGCUACGGUGUUAAUUGAUGCUAUUCCCCGUCUCCUGUCCCCACCCGUCCUGUUACAGUUGAUCCUAUCCCCCCGUCUUGUUACAGUGAUGACGAAAGUACUGUCAAACUACAACAAAAUGGAGAAUCUCGUUGUUCGUUACAAAUUCAACUGUAGUGAUUUAUUCGUCAUGGGUAUCCCCACUGGAGAAGAAACAAAAGUUCUGCUCACUGUCGACAAGAACGAUGGUAAUCCCGCCACGUUCACUCCACCGUAUGUUGCUGACCUGGAUGGAAAAAACCUGACGCAAACUUCUUCAGGGACUUACUAUUCGUUCUACGUACUCCCGACUACGACGUCUUACAUUCGCGUCAUCGCGCCAACACCUGGUCUAACUUGCUCGUUAAGAGCAUUUGUUAAUUCCGGCAGAACAAUGCUUCUCAGUUACACGGACAAUCCGCUUAUCGAUAUAGGAGAUCCUGUUCGAUACCAUAAAUAG